GCGUUGCAUGUGGCGGCCGUCGGAGUCACGGUGCAGUUGGCAGCCGGUGAUGCCUCUAGCCCCUGCUCUGCCCUCCGCUGGCACUGGCUGACGCUAUUUUGGUGCCUGGGAACACAAGCGUUGCUGUGGGAACGCGGACACCUAGGGUGACGGGGCUGAUGCAGAGUGUCGAAGUCGGGGAAGUAAUGCUAUCAGACACGCUGAAUUGUAACGCCACUUUUUGUGUGUGUCCCAAAAAUGUAUAGCCUUAUCUUUCUAUAGCCUACUUGGACACACCUCGGCUAUUGCUUGAAAGGAACAUGUCAACACUGCUCAUUGUGAUGCCCAGUCAUGAUGUCGGUCUGCUUCUCCACAACAUGGCUGCUGUUCCUGACAUUCUUUCCUGUUCCCAACACUGCAGGUGCUGAAGGGAUGCGUGGGCUGGAAGUCCUAGGGCACUGCUAGCUAGUCCACUUCUGCUCAGAGAGAACGCAGCACUGGGUCCUCCACACACUGCCUGCCUGCCUGGGGAGACCAGCUACCACAUCCUCACAGCAUUGGAUGCAGCUGGCUCAAAAAACAGAAGAAGAAGAAGCGAGGGCUGUCUGGUGUUGUGAUGAUGAGGGGAUAACGGGGCAGAGCGCUGAGGGCCCUGAGGUGGACUGGCACAGUUGAAGCAGCAGGCCAGGGUUGAGCCAGGCCAGGGGAGGCAGGCGGUGGGCACCCACCGUCCAGGGACCAGGAGCCACCAUUUCUCGGGUGGUGUUGCCGGCGCGGAGGAGGGGCGCCGUGCGGAGGCUGGAGGCUCUUUGGAUGAUGACCAGCCUGUUCCGCCGCCACAGCAACAGCAGUGGUAACCAUGGUGACAUGGCGGCGCACAGGGAAAGCCCUGUUCCAGCCGAACUCAACAACAGUCGUCCCGGUGGGGGUGGACGCACGGUGCGGCAUCUGGAGUUCAACCAGGCCAUGGAGGACUUCAGGACCAUGUUCCCCAGCAUGGAACAGGAGGUGAUAGAGUGUGUUCUGCGGGCCAACCACGGAGCCGUGGACUCCACCAUCGACCAGCUGCUCCAGAUGAGCCUAGACGGACACAGCUCCGACGACAGCUCUGACUCAGAGGACAGCCUUCCUCCUGAGGUACGUCUGGGUGCACUGGUAUAGGAACUAGUGGGUAGCCCAGAUUAAACUAAGUGAACACAACCUAAGACCGUCAGAGACCAUAGCGUAUCAUGAAAUGUAUGUCAAAGUUGUCAGCUACCUUUUCACCCCAUACUCGUUCAUACACCUUAUUUCAUUGUAUUUCGUUUUUUUGCCUAUUCAAACCAGAUGGUUGCUCUUGGGGAGGGAAAAGUAUUUGAUGUUGCCUUUAAUAUGCUGUUGUAGUGGAUGACAUGCAUUUCUCUGGAGGGCACUGUGAUUAUACACUGCUAUUGUGGACAGAAAGCUUUGAUAAACUGUCUAAAGCGGUCUUCAAAAGCUUGACAAUACCCGGAGACUGGCUGUGGAUGUACAUGUAGAAUGAGACGCAUUGCUAGAGAGUGGUAUGCUCUCUAACAAUGUGUUGACUGCUGUGAACAGCCAAGACAAACCAUUCCUUUGGACAUUCAUAAACUCCCUUUGUGCUGUAGUAACAAGAUUGUAUCAAGUGCAAUAUUGGACUGCCAAGCUGUUCGCUUUGUAUUUGAUUAAAUUACUGCAGGUCUCUCAUAUUUAGUGUUUUUAUUAGCCUCAGUCCACUCUGGCUGUAUUCCACCAAUGACACCAUGCUCCAUACAGGAUAUUAACUAACUUUGUUUAUUUCCCCCAAUCACUCGGAAUAACCUGAGAGAGAGGAUAAGAUUUUAUCUUAAUAAAUGAUGAAGAGCUGAACUUAAUACUUAUAGUGGAAUGUAUUCUACCUCACAUGCCAGGCUGUUAUUUGGAAAGUGAAGUUAAUUUACAUUGAUUAAAUACAGGAUGAAAACUUGCUGCUGCUUGAGGUUAAUAAAACAGCUCAAUGACAGCCGUCACACUGCCUCUUAUUAAGGGCAGGAGGCUGAGCUGCAUUUCCUAUGAGCAGUUAGAAUACAGAUUAAUUAUUCAUUUAAUUCAUUAAUUAAUGCUCUUUGAAAUGUUCAUAUGUGCCAUUUGAAGGGGUUGUCAUGUCCUUUAGAACAUUCUUAAUGGCUCCCCUGACCUCUGACCCUGUAGAUCCUUGAGCGGACGUUGGAGCCGGACAGCUCUGACGAGGAGCCGCCGCCGGUCUACUCCCCGCCAUCCUAUGACAUGCACAUCUACGACAGGAAGUACCCAGGCGAGGUCCAGCCCACAGCCUCACCACCUCCCAGGCAAGUGAAGUGAAGAGAAGGGAGGGAGGGAGGGAGGGAGGGAGGGAGGGAGGGAGGGAGGGAGGGAGGGAGGGUUGGGUGGGUGGUAGGUUGAGGGGGGUUGUCUCAGGGCUGGCUGGCUCUGACCUCAUUUCACUUAAAGGAGAAUGAUAGAUGUUAGGAUAAUGUGAAUUAAUGAAUUCAUUUUCUCUGAAACCAUAAUUUACAUGAGUGUUGAGAUAUAUAUUCUUCUUUGGUGCUUUCUCAAUCUAAUACAUGAUAUGGCUGGUCAGCGAUUAUUAUUAUCGGCCAGUCUGCACUGUCUGCACAGCGCGUUAUCGACCCAGAACCUAUCGGAUUUUCUGCCUGAAUCACUGAAUCACUGGACCUUUAACACUGGAUAAUCGCAACUAGCUAGCUGCAACCAAAUGAACGUUGUUGUUGGCUAAUCAGCCUUGAGCUAGCCUUGAGUCAAGCACAUCUCCCGGCUAUCUACCUCUCUGUCAACCGGACGGGACCUCCUAGAUUCGACACGGAGCCCUGCCGAUCCAUCACGACUGGUCUGCCGACGUAAUCGUCAGUGGUUUCAACAGGCUUCCCGUUGCAAAUUCCACGAAGAUCCAUCUGCUAGCCCCGGCCGGCUAGCACACGCAAACUACAACCGUGCUUCCUGCUCGCUCUGCUGAAGCCCCUAUUUGAACUGCUCUCGGACUCACAUAUUUCUGUUCACUGGACCUUAUGAUCACUCAGCUGCAUAGAUGAUGCCUGCUGGACUGUUCCUUUACACGGUACCCUGUUUAUUCUGUUUAGCCUCAGCCCAAACUUUAUCGCCAUUACCAGUUGUUGUCUUAGCUCUCUCUAAUAACACCUGUGAUUGCUUUAUGCCUCUCUCCCAUGUCAAUAUGCCUUGUUAGUUAGUUAGUUCUUAUUAUACAAUUUCACUGUAGAACCCCAAGUCCCUCUCAAACUGCCUCAAAUAGUUCCUUUGUUCCACCCCCCAUACAUGCCGAGACCGGCUCAAUCGGUGCCUCCAGUGAUGCUAUCUCUUUCAUUGUUACCCAACGCUUAGGUUUACCUCCACUUUACUCAUAUCCUUCCAUAUCCUUGUCUGUACAUAAUGCCCUGAAUCUAUUCUACAACGCCCGGAAAUCUGCCCCCUUUAUUCUCUGUACCCAACGCACUAGAAGACCAGUUCUUAAAGCCUUUAGCCGUAUCCUUAUUCUAGUCCUCCUCUGUUCCUCUGGUGAUGUACAGGUUAACCCAGGCCCUGCAGCCCCCAGUAUCACUCCUACUCCCCAGGAGCUAUUAUUUGUUGAUUUCUGUAACCGUAAAAGCCUUGGUUUUCUGCACGUUAACAUCAGAAGUCUACUUCCUAAGUUUGAGUUAUUCACUGCGUUAGCACACUCCGCCAACCCUGAUGUUCUAGCAGUGUCUGAAUCCUGGCUUAGGAAGGCCACCAAAAAUUCUGAAAUGUCCAUCCCAACUACAACAUUUUCCGUCUAGAUAGAACUGCCAAAGGGGGUGGAGUUGCAAUCUACUGUAGAGAUAGCCUGCAGAGCUCUAUCAUACUAUCCAGGUCUGUGCCCAAACAGUUUGAGCUUCUACUUCUAAAAAUCCACCUUUCCAGAAAUGUCUCUCACUGUUGCCACUUGCUACAGACCCCCCUCAGCCCCCAGCUGUGCCCUGGACACCAUAUGUGAAUUGAUUGCCCCCCAUUUAUCCUCAGAGUUCGUACUGCUUGGUGACCUAAAUUGGGAUAUGCUUAACACCCCGGCCAUCCUACAAUCCAAACUAGAUGCCCUCAAUCUCACACAAAUGAUCAACGAACCUACCAGGUACAACCCUAAAUCCAUAAACAUGGGUACCCUCAUAGAUGUCAUCCUGACUAACUUACCCUCUAAAUACACCUCCGCUGUCUUCAACCAGGAUCUCAGCGAUCGCUGCCUUAUUGCCUGCUUCCGUAACAGGGUCCGCGGUCAAACGACCACCCCUCAUCACUGUCAAACGCUCCCUAAAACACUUUAGCGAGCAGACCUUCCUAAUUGACCUGGCCCAGGUAUCCUGGAUGGAUAUAGAUCUCAUUCCGUCAGUAGAGGAUGCCUGGUUGUUCUUUUAAAAGUAAUUUCCUCUCAAUCUUAAAUAAACAUGCCCCAUUCAAAAAAUACAGAACUAAGAACAGAUAUAGCCCCUGGUUCUCCUCAGACUUGACUGCCCUUGACCAGUACAAAAACAUCCUGUGGCGUACUGCAUUAGCAUCAAAUAGCCCCUGCGAUAUGCAACUUUUCAGGGAAGUCAGGAACCAAUAUUCACAAGCAGUUAGGAAAGCAAAGGCAAACUUUUUCAAACAGUAAUUUGCAUCCUGUAGCACUAACUCCAAAAGGUUUUGGGACACUGUAAAGUCCAUGGAGAAUAAGAGCACCUCCUCCCAGGAAACACUAUCACCACCGAUAAAUGUACAAUAAUCGAGAAUUUCAACAAGCAUUUUGCUACGGCUGGCCAUGCUUUCCACCUGGAUACCACUACCCCGGCCACCAGCUCUGCACCCUCCGCUGCAACUUGCCCAUGCCCCCCCCCCCCCCCCCCCCCCCCCGCUUCUCCUUCACACAAAUUCAGACAGCUGAUGUUCUGAAAGAGCUGCAAAAUCUGGACCCCUACAAAUCAGCUGGGCUAGACAAUCUGGACCCUUUCUUUCUAAAACCAGCCGCCUAAAUUUUCGCAACCCCUAUUACUAGCCUGUUCAACCUCUCUUUCGUAACGUCUGAGAUCCCCAGAGAUUGGAAAGCUGCCGCGGUCAUCCCCCUCUUCAAAGGGGGUGACACUCUAGAUCCAAACUGUUACAGACCUAUAUCCAUCCUGCCCUGCCUUUCGAAAGUAUUUGAAAGCCAAGUUAACAAACAGAUCACCGACCAUUUCGAAUCCCACCGUACCUUCUCCGCUAUGCAAUCCGGUUUCCGAGCUGGUCAUGGGUGCACCUCAGCCACACUCAAGGUCCUAAACGAUAUUAUAACCGCGAUCGAUAAUAGACAGUACUGUGCAGCCGUCUUCAUCGACCUGGCCAAGGCUUUCGACUCUGUCAACCACCGCAUUCUCUUAUUGGCAGACUAAAUAGCCUUGGUUUCUCAAAUGACUGCCUCGCCUGGUUCACCAACUACUUCUCAUAGAGUUCAAUGUGUCAAAUCGGAGGGCCUGUUGUCUGGACCUAUGUCAGUCUCUAUGGGGGUGCCACAGGGUUAAAUUCUUGGGCCGACUCUUUUCUCCGUGUAUAUCAAUGAUGUCGCUCUUGCUGCUGGUGACUCUCAGAUCCACCUCUAAGCAGACGACACCAUUUUGUAUACAUCUGGCCCUUCAUUGGACACUGUGUUAACAAACCUCCAAACGAGCUUCAAUGCCAUACAACACUCCUUCAGUAGCCUCCAACUGCUCUUAAACACUAGUAAAACUAAAUGCAUGCUCUUCAAUCAAACGCUGCUAGCACCCGCCCACCCGACUAGAAUCACUACUUCGACGGGUCUGACCUAGAGUAUGUGGACAACUACAAAUACAUAGGUGUCUGGUUAGACUGUAAACUCUCCUUCCAGACUCACAUUAAGAAUCUCCAAUCCAAAGUUAAAUCUAGAAUCGGCUUCCUUUUUCGCAUGCUGCCAAACAUGCCCUCGUAAAACUGACUAUCCUACCGAGCAUUGACUUCGGCGAUGUCAUUUACAAAAUAGCCUCCAACACUCUACUCAGCAAAUUGGAUGUAGUCUAUCACAGUGCCAUCCGUUUUGUCACCAAAGCCCCAUAUACUACCCACCACUGUGACCUGUACGCUCUUGUUGGCUGGUCCUCACUACAUAUUCGUCGCCAAACCCACUGGCUCCAGGCCAUCUAUAAAUCACUGCUAGGCAAAUCCCCGCCUUAUCUUAGCUCAUUGGUCACCAUAGCAACACCCACCCGUAGUAUGCACUCCAGCAGGUAUAUCUCACUGGUCAUCCCCAAAGCCAACACCUCCUUUGGCCGCCAUUCCUUCCAGUUCUCUGCUGCAAUUGACUGGAACGAACUGCAAAAAUCUCUGAAGCUGGAGACUCUUAUCUCCCUCACUAACUUUAAGCAUCAGUUGUCAGAGCACCUUACCGAUCACUGCACCUGUACACAGCCCAUCUGAAAUUAGCCCACCCAACUACCUCAUCCCCAUAUUGUUAUUUAUUUUGCUCAUUUGCACCCGUUUCUCUAUUUGCACAUAAUCUCUUGCACAUCUAUCAUUCCAGUGUUAAUAACAAUUUUAAUUAUUUUGCACUAUAGCCUAUUUAUUGCCUUACCUCCAUAACUUGCUACAUUUGCACACGCUGUAUAUAUAUUUUCUGUUGUAUUUUUGACUUUAUGUUUUGUUUUACCCCAUAUGUAACUCUGUGUUUUUUAUCGCACUGCUUUACUUUAUCUUUGCCAGGUCGCAGUUGUAAAUGAGAAUUUGUUCUCAACUGGCUUACCUGGUUAAAUAAAGGUGAAAUACAAAUAAAAUAAAAAAUGCUGUGAGUGCUUUGAAUGCUAUGAGGUUCAUAAUGCAUUCAAUGCUCCACCUGCUGUCUAAUGAAUGCUAGUGCAGCAGCUAUGCAAUCCAUGUGAGGUACAUGUUCUUAACUGUGCUCUAACUUGGGUAGAUCUGUAGACCUAAUACUAGUAAUAGUUUUGUUAUAUGAACACAAUGUUUUAUAUGUGUGCCAAGGAGAGAACCUUUCAGAAGAAAUUAGAGAAACAGUUAUGUUUAUGUUAGAUGGAUCCUUUGAAGAUGACCAAAACACAUCAUUAUUGAUAUUUACUGUUGCAGAACAUAGCAUCAAUGGAACUAACAAUAUCCUUUGCCAUCUCUCUGCCAGCUUUGAUGCCAGUCAAACUCCUCCCUGCCAGCCCCCUCUUGGCCCACCCCCUCCCGCCAGUCAAUGGCAGGUUGGCAGUUACAGGAACUGGAACCCACCGUUACUAGGCAACCUCCCUGAUGACUUCCUGCGGAUCCUGCCUCAGCAGCUGGAUAGUCUGCCAGUAGGUAGAUUUAUGUGUCAGCCCCUAAUGGACCAGUAACCCACACUCCCAUUACUUACAGACUGCUGGCUGCCUGGUGCUCUACUCUGAUGGCCAGCUGGCUGGAUAAUUACCAGCCUCUGCAACGGGUUGCACAUGAAGAAAAAUACAGUUCAACUAUUUAUACAGAAUCAGUUCCCUAGUAGUCUUCCAAAAAUGAAGACAACACCCAAAAAACUAGAUAUAUUAUUUUCAAUUCAUGGUGCAAUUUUAUAAAAAACUGAAGCAUUUCCACAUAGGACUUUGACAUGUCUAACAGUGUUCUCUCUGGUCCCUCCCUCCCUCCCUGCAGCGCUCACACACCAGCCUAACGCAGAGUAGUCUGACCCAGCCCUCGUCCUCUUCUUCCUCCCUGUCGUCCGUGACGCAGCAGGUUCAGCCGGAGGCUGGGGCGGGGGCCAGGGCAGGCCAGGUUGGCAUGGAGACGGAGCAGGAGAGGAAGCUGAAGCAGUACUUGGGGGAUGAGCGCAUCGCCCUCUUCCUGCAGAACGAGGAGUUUAUGAGGGAGCUGCAGCGCAACCGCGAGUUCCUCAUCGCCCUUGAGAGAGGUGUGCACACACACACAUCCAAGCACGCACUCAGUAAUACAUCCUCACACUGAUUAUUUUUUGCAGCAUUUGCAAAUGUCUUAUAUAGUACUAAGCGAUGAUCUCACUAUGCUUUCAUCCCCAUCAAUCAAGGUAUGAAGAGUCAUUAGAAGAAGGGUCUCUAUGUCAUGGCAGUGCUUUCCUCCUCAUUUUCUCCACUUCUGUUCUAGUAAUGCAUGACGGAAGGCUUGCAGGUUGUCCUGCUACGUGCCUCUAUGCUCACAACUCCAUUGAUGCUGAGACAUCGGCACUCUCUGUUUUAGAUCGGCUGCAGUAUGAGUCAAAGACAUCCAAGUCCCAUCAUUCACAGGCUUUCAUGGGGAUGUCCACUCCAGGUAGAUAUCAUUAAUCUGCACUCCAUAGCAUUACGUUACAUCAUAGUAAUGUCUCACUCAGGUCCAGGUUUCAUGUGGGGCCUAUGUAGGCUCCUGCAGUGAAAUGCCUUAUUUUAAAGGCACACAGAGAAAGUGUGACUUGGUGUGCAUCUCAGUCGUUGUGUGUGUCUCUGUGUGCGUCUUAUCAUGUCUCGGUGUGUGUGUCUUUCUCUGUGCUUGUGCGUGUCUGUGGGGUCUAUUUCACGGUGCUUGUUUGUGUUCUAGGAGAUAAUUGUGCCAAAGGCUCUGGGGAGGCCUGCACCAAUGUUACAGACGAUGCCUUGUUCCGUGACAAACUCAAGCACAUGGGCAAAUGUAAGAACACUCCCAAUCUCUCUCUUGCUCUCUGGGGCAUAACUAAAUAUUUUUCUCAACGUGUGUGUCUCUCUGUCGCUCCCAAAUUCCAAAUGUUAUUCGAACCUUCCACAUUGGGCAUCUACAGCUAGAAUGAAAUGGUUCUAGGAUGUUCUAGCAGUGCAUGGAACUGAAAAGGAGGGAUGGUGUCUAUAUACAGCAAGGUCAUUAUUAGAAAUCAACACACAUUUGUAGGACAUGACCCUCUUACAGUCAGUGCUCCAGAAAGGUAUAGUAAAAGUCUCCAACGUUCCUACCGUCCCUGCUCUUAAAACUGCAAAUAAGAUAUUAAGAAUAAGAUGUUUUCUGAAAUAUAUAAUUAUGUAUUCAUGGGCAUAUGCUUUCUCAAAUCCAAUCAGUCAUAUUAAAUAAAGAAAAACUCAGCUCAAACUUUUAAAAUGUUUAUACACUCAACCAAUUGUCUGUUUUCUCUCCACUUUCUAUUUGAUCCUGUAAUCCUCCACAGCUACACGGAAGAAGCUUUUUGAAGUCGCUAGAGCUUUCUCUGAAAAGUCCCGAAGAAGAAAAAUGAAAAGGAGAGCCCUCUUGAAACAUCAUUCGUAUCCUUCCACUUCACCAGUGGUCCCCUACACCACCCAUCACCUCCCCCUCCUCUCCCUGGCAGGCCUCCAUUGCCCAAUGGUUAUUUUGUCCUUGCCAGAAGUGACCGUGAGCUUCAAGUGAACUGAACAGAUGCGCUUGCAUUGUACAGAUGUAAUUAACUAUCCCUGAGAGACUUCCCUGCAUGUUGAUGAGUGGCUGUAGUAUCUGCCUUUGUUUCUAAUGUUAGUGGAUUUGAUUUACAGGGAAUGUCCCAUUUAGUAUCCAUUUGGGUUUUAUUAGGGCUGGGCUGAAUUAGGAGGUCCUCUCAUGGCCUUGACUCUGAUCCAGAAGGCUUAGUACACUGCUCAAAAAAAUAAAGGGAACACUUAAACAACACAAUGUAACUCCAAGUCAAUCACACUUCUGUGAAAUCAAACUGUCCACUUAGGAAGCAACACUGAUUGACAAUAAAUGUCACAUGCUGUUGUGCAAAUGGAAUAGACAACAGGUGGAAAUUAUAGGCAAUUAGCAAGACACCCCCAAUAAAGGAGUGGUUCUGCAGGUGGUGACCACAGACCACUUCUCAGUUCCUAGGCUUCCUGCCUGAUGUUUUGGUCACUUUUGAAUGCUGGCGGUGCUUUCACUCUAGUGGUAGCAUGAGACGGAGUCUACAACCCACACAAGUGACUCAGGUAGUGCAGCUCAUCCAGGAUGGCACAUCAAUGCGAGCUGUGGCAAGAAGGUUUGCUGUGUCUGUCAGCGUAGUGUCCAGAGCAUGGAGGUGCUACCAGGAGACAGGCCAGUACAUCAGGAGACGUGGAGGAGGCCGUAGGAGGGCAACAACCCAGCAGCAGGACCGCUACCUCUGCCUUUGUGCAAGGAGGAGCAGGAGGAGCACUGCCAGAGCCCUGCAAAAUGACCUCUAGCAGGCCACAAAUGUGCAUGUGUCUGCUCAAACGGUCAGAAACAGACUCCAUGAGGGUGGUAUGAGGGCCCGACAUCCACAGGUGGGGGUUGUGCUUACAGCCCAACACCGUGCAGGACGUUUGGCAUUUGCCAGAGAACACCAAGAUUGGCAAAUUCGCCACUGGCGCCCUGUGCUCUUCACAGAUGAAAGCAGGUUCACAUUGAGCACAUGUGACAGACGUGACAGAGUCUGGAGACGCCGUGGAGAACGUUCUGCUGCCUGCAACAUCCUCCAGCAUGACCGGUUUGGCAGUGGGUCAGUCAUGGUGUGGGGUGGCAUUUCUUUGGGGGGCCGCACAGCCCUCCAUGUGCUCGCCAGAGGUAGCCUGACUGCCAUUAGGUACCGAGAUGAGAUCCUCAGACCCCUUGUGAGACCAUAUGCUGGUGCGGUUGGCCCUGGGUUCCUCCUAAUGCAAGACAAUGCUAGACCUCAUGUGGCUGGAGUGUGUCAGCAGUUCCUGCAAGAGGAAGGCAUUGAUGCUAUGGACUGGCCCGCCCGUUCCCCAGACCUGAAUCCAAUUGAGCACAUCUGGGACAUCAUGUCUCGCUCCAUCCACCAACGCCACGUUGCACCACAGACUGUCCAGGAGUUGGCGGAUGCUUUAGUCCAGGUCUGGGAGGAGAUCCCUCAGGAGACCAUCUGCCACCUCAUCAGGAGCAUGCCCAGGCGUUGUAGGGAGGUCAUACAGGCACGUGGAGGCCACACACACUACUGAGCCUCAUUUUGACUUGUUUUAAGGACAUUACAUCAAAGUUGGAUCAGCCUGUAGUGUGGUUUUCCACUUUAAUUUUGAGUGUGACUCCAAAUCCAGACCUCCAUGGGUUGAUAAAUUUGAUUUCCAUUGAUAAUUUUUGUGUGAUUUUGUUGUCAGCACAUUCAACUAUGUAAAGAAAAAAGUAUUUAAUAAGAUUAUUUCAUUCAUUCAGAUCUAGGAUGUGUUAUUUUAGUGUUCCCUUUAUUUUUUUGAGCAGUGUAUUAUGUUUAAACCGCUGCCAGUCCCCUUAACAUUAUCUACCAGACUGGGUAAUGCUGCCUCAACUGCCAACCUCUUGGCUGACGAAGAAGCCGGACACCUGAGUGGUACGUUUAUCCAUGUUUUAAUAUCAUUCUAGUGAAGAAACCUAAUUGAAUGGUAUGAGGCAUUGAUUGGUCGAUUGUUUCAUUUAGGCCUAGCCCAACUGUGAAUGGGGAGGUGAAUGUGGACCACAUGCUUAUUUGUAUGAACCUAACUCAUGUGUCUGUACAGAGGAGGACAGCAAACUUAAGAGACCAGGCCCUCAAGAAGAGGAGGUGCCCCAGCAGGAAGUGUUGUCAUGGUGAGAGAGCAGUAACUCCACACACAAAAAAACAUACUACCUUGAAAACUACAUUUUUAUGUUUUGGAUUUCCUCAACUAACAGUUAUCUUACCUAUUUCACUGACAGAUUUCUCAUAUAGUUUAGUCUGUGACAAUGGAAGAACAAAAUGGCUCACACUACACCUCUGGACCUGAACCAGCCCGUCCCAAGUCCCAUGGAAUAUUGUUGCCUUCAGAUGCUCUUCGGAACUGGGAAAUGUCACAUUUAAGUCGUAAGUCCAACAUGACUGUUUUGGAAGUCAGAGCAAUUCUUCAACCAAUGAGAUUUUAGCUAGCAAAAUGAGCUAGCUAAUAAUACUAAUGAUAAAGUUAGCUAGCUUGCUUAACUUUGACAGUAGGGUCAAAAUAGCUAUUAUCCACAUUGAUAAGUUUGACGGCAUCAAAGGUGAAAGGUCAGUGAUGAAACGUCACAA